AUGUACUUCUCCACCGUCGUCCUCUCCACCCUCCUCGCCACCCUCUCCUCGGCAACCAUCAUCCUCGGCAACGCCGUCUACAACAGCGACGGUCACAAAGACACGGCCGUCUGGAUCCAGGGCCAAGACCCCUGCGCCUACACCUACAUGGGCCACGGCAGCCCCUGUGCCUGGGAUGGCGGCCGCUUCGUUGCCUCAAACACGUUCCACUACCGCAUCGUCAACUGCGACAACGGCCAGCCUUUUACUCUGCAGAACGAAGAUGGCUCCAAGAAUGCUGAGGCCGUCUUCCACCCCAUUGACAAUCUGGUGCAUUGCCCAGGAGGUUAUACUAUGGGUCAGACUUGGGUUUUCUAA